AUGUCUUCUUUGUUAAAUCAAUUCAAAAAUCUUCAAAAAAGUAUCGGAACAAUUUUUGGAAUAAAUCACCCUCCGCCCCUCAUUGUGGCUACACUCAAGACCAAAAAAAGCCGAACAUCCUGCGUGGAUGACUCUUUAACAACAUUAACUAUUAUACACUCAAUAGCAAUACAUCCAAUUAUACAUUCUUAUUUUGAUAAAUUGUAUAAUCACAAUUAUGACAACGGUAAUAUGAAUGGUCAUAAAGAACUAGAAUCAAAAUAUGAUGAUAUCUUAUUACACGGACAACGUUUAAACUAUUCAAGUUGGGAAAGUCCCGGAUUUUGCUUUGGCUCAAUUGUCUGGUUUCGGAAGGCUGUGACGCACAAUAGUAUGAAAUUAAUUGUUCCACCACAUAGUGCAAUACAACAAUUAGCCCAACAAUCAAUUAGUUUGAAUUUUAUGUUGGAAGCACGUCGAAUUAUAUUUGAAUUGAUACGUAAAUACAAGGUACCAAUGGAUGCUGAGCUAUUCUUUUUAUGUUCUGUUCUUCAUGCAGUUGAUCAUUAUGAGUGUUCUAAACGUGUUCGAUAUCACAAUUUAACAGUUCCAACUAUAGCCGCAAAUUUCGCUCAUUCACUUAAUUAUAGCUGGACAAACUUUCUCGCUCAAUUUUUCUUCAGCUCCAAUCAGUAUAUUUUUACAAAUUUACUUAGACAUAAAUAUAAAAAAAAUUCAUUUUAUAAUGAAUUGUAUCAACAAUUAUAUGAAGUUAAUCCUAAACAUGCUGAUCAAGUGACACUGUCUAUGUCAUAUUAG